AGCAUGGCUCUGGAUCAGAGCAAUCCUCUAAUUAUGGGGAAUAUGGACCUGGAUCUAAUCAAUCUUCUAGUCAGAGGAACCAUGAGUCUCAUUCAGAAUCCAGUUUAGACAAGUCAUCAAGCUAUGGACAUGGAUCUGGAUUUGGUCAGUCUUCUGGUUUUGGUCAACAUGGGUCUACAUCAGGACAGACUUCUAGGUACGGAAAACAUAGUUCAAGCUCAGGUCAUUCCUCAAGAUACAGUCACUAUGGGUCUGCAUCAGGUCAAUCUUCUGGCUUUGGACAACAUGGUUCCACCUCAGGACAGUCAUCAAGCUAUGGACAUCAUGGAACUGGCUCAGGUCAGUCUUCUAGCUAUGGCCAACAUGGGUCUGGCUCAAGUCAAUCUUCUAGCCAUAGCCAACAUGGGUCUCAAUCAGGUCAAUCCUCUGGGUAUGGACAACAUAGAUCUAGCUCAGGUCAGUCUUCUAGCUAUGGACAACAUGAUUCUGAAGCAGGUCAAUCCUCUGGCUAUGGCCGACAUGGGUCUGGCUCAAGUCAAUCUUCUAGCCAUAGCCAGCAUGGGUCUCAAUCAGGUCAAUCCUCUGGCUAUAGACAACAUAGAUCUAGUUCAGGUCAGUCUUCGGGCUAUGGCCAACAUCAAUCAGGAUCAGGCCAGUCUUCUGGCUUUGGGCAACAUGGUUCUACUUCAGGCCAGUCAUCAAGCUAUGGACAUCAUGGAACUAGCUCAGGUCAGUCUUCCAGCUAUGGCCGACAUGGGUCUGGCUCAAGUCAAUCCUCUAGCCAUAGCCAACAUGGGUCUCAAUCAGGUCAAUCCUCUGGCUAUAGACAACAUAGAUCUAGUUCAGGUCAGUCUUCGGGCUAUGGCCAACAUCAAUCAGGAUCAGGCCAGUCUUCUGGCUUUGGACAACAUGGAUCUGAAGCAGGUCAAUCCUCUGGCUAUAGACAACAUAGAUCUAGUUCAGGUCAGUCUUCGGGCUAUGGCCAACAUCAAUCAGGAUCAGGCCAGUCUUCUGGCUUUGGGCAACAUGGGUCUGAAGCAGGUCAAUCCUCUGGCUAUAGACAACAUAGAUCUAGUUCAGGUCAGUCUUCGGGCUAUGGCCAACAUCAAUCAGGAUCAGGCCAGUCUUCUGGCUUUGGGCAACAUGGGUCUGAAGCAGGUCAAUCCUCUGGCUAUAGACAACAUAGAUCUAGUUCAGGUCAGUCUUCGGGCUAUGGCCAACAUCAAUCAGGAUCAGGCCAGUCUUCUGGCUUUGGGCAACAUGGGUCUGAAGCAGGUCAAUCCUCCACUUAUGGACAACAUAGUUCUACUUCAGGCCAGUCAUCAAGCUAUGGACAUCAUGGAACUAGCUCAGGUCAGUCUUCUAGCUAUGGUCAACAUGGGUCUGGCUCAAGUCAGUUCCCCAGCCACAGCCAACAUGGAUCUGGCUCAGGCCAGUCUUCUAGUUAUGAACAACAUGGCUCUGCAGGAGGCCAAUCCUCUGGCUAUGGCCAACAUGAGUCUGGCUCAGGAGAAUCAUCAAACUGUGGUCAGCAUGCAUCCAGAUCAGGUCAGUCUUCUAGCUAUGGCCAACACAGAUCUGCCUCUCACCAAAGUCAGCAUGAGUCUGGCUCAGGUCAGUGUUCUAGCUCUGGACAAUAUGGGUCUGGCUCAGGUCAGUGUUCUAGCUCUGGACAAUAUGGGUCUAGCUCAGGUCAGUGUUCUAGCUCUGAACAAUAUGGGUCUGGCUCAGGUCAGUGUUCUAGCUCUGGACAAUAUGGGUCUGGCUCAGGUCAGUGUUCUAGCUCUGGACAAUAUGGGUCUGGCUCAGGUCAGUGUUCUAGCUCUGGACAAUAUGGGUCUGGCUCAGGUCAGUGUUCUAGCUCUGGACAAUAUGGGUCUGGCUCAGGUCAGUGUUCUAGCUCUGGACAAUAUGGGUCUGGCUCAGGUCAGUGUUCUAGCUCUGGACAAUAUGGGUCUGGCUCAGGUCAGUGUUCUAGCUCUGGACAAUAUGGGUCUGGUUCAGGUCAGUGUUCUAGCUCUGGACAAUAUGGGUCUGGCUCAGGUCAGUGUUCUAGCUCUGGACAAUAUGGGUCUGGUUCAGGUCAGUGUUCUAGCUCUGAACAGUGUGGUUUGGGAUCUGGUCAGUAUUCUGGCACUGAACAAUAUGGGUCUGGCUCAUGUUAUUCACCUAGCUCUGGACAAUGUGGUUUUGGCUCUGGUCAGUAUUCUGGCACUGAACAAUAUGGGUCUGGCUCAUGUUAUUCACCUAGCUCUGGACAAUGUGGUUUUGGCUCUGGUCAGUAUUCUGGCACUGAACAAUAUGGGUCUGGCUCAUGUUACUCACCUAGCUCUGGACAAUGCGGUUUUGGCUCUAGUUGUUCUAGCUACAGGCAACCUGAAUCACAAGGGAGAUGUGGGUCAAUUUCAAGCAGUACUUAUGAUGAGUACAGUAAACCCAAAACAGUCUCUACCCCAAAUCAAUCAAGAAGAAAUAGCCAGGAAUGGUCAGGGUACAACCAAAAAGAAAGUAGUGCUCUCCCGGCUCCCUCCGACGGCGCUGGCGGCUGUGCUCGCCCGCCUCUUACCUGAGGGCCAAACGGAGGCGGUGCCUCCGGCAGUUUCCAAUGACGCUGCGCUGGAAGAGACCGCCCUUCCACUGCAGGGUCCUCACACCUCCAUCUGA